UCUUUUGGUUGCCAUUUAAUUGCUGAGGCUAUAAACUGAAUAUGGAUGUGUGGGUUGAGCAGUUAAAGUCUCCUAGGGUAGAUAAUGUGUGAAUAAGAUCUGUCUUUUAGCAGCCACAAAUAAGCUCCAAAUCUCAGUGCCAAAAUGGAGGUUGACACAUGAAUACUCCUCUCUAGUCUCUCACUCUACUCACACCCUUGCUUGCACAUAUUUUCAACAGACGUACAUACUGUCUUGUUGCACAUGCGCAGGAGAGACAGAGCACAGACAAACACAUGCACGCGCCUGCAGCCACACUGCCUGAUUAGCUUGCGAGAGCUGUCUACAGCAUCCAGGGAAAUGGCGCAAGAGGCAGAGCAUUGGAGAAGAAUCGGCAGUCUAUAGCAUCAGCAUCACACCCCUCUGGCGUAUUGGAGAGCUCUGGCAUGGAUUCUGUUGAAGAAGAGGAUUAGGACACAGGACAUGGCGCCUUGACAGAAAGUGUGAAAGCAGAGAGAGACAGAACAGAGCGGGCUGAUGCACCGGUAGGACUGGGCCGGGCCUGUGGAGCUGGACCGUUGGGGGAGGGGCAGCGGAGGAACCAGAAGGAGAAGCCCAUUUUCCCCCACACCUCGGGUCGAAUCUCCAGCCUCUGUCCGACCAUUUCAGGCCACAUCCAUCUGUGUCUCUGUCAUUAGUCCUUGUGCUUGUGUCUUGCUCUGAUGUUACUGCUGUCAUGAGCUUUCUUUACCAUCUCCACUGUUCGGUCAUCUAGGUUUCCUGCCAUAGCAAGCUUUACAUUCCAAACAGCUUCAUUUUUUAGAUAUUGUGCUCUUUGGCAAGCUACCGAUGGCUUAGACCAGCAUCAUUUUAUUUACACUUGUCCUUCCUACUUCCUGUGCUCUUCCCUUGUGUGCCCUUCACACGGUCCCUCUCACUCUCUGUUUUCAUCCAUCUUCUUUCGCGUCUCUCCUCUGCGCCUCUAAGUGGAUUUGGGUCAGUGUGCUCAGCAAAUGGGAUGAGAUGUAGUCUUCAAAGUGAGCAGAUCCGGGGGCUCCUGAUUUGCACAUCAGGAGGGGGGGGUCACUGAUUUCGGACCACUGACUCAGGACUGAAGGCCAGCCUGUUUUGGGGUGCUGCAUGUAGGACAUCACCCCUGCCCUCACCCCCUUCCCCCCGCUCCUGUCACCCCCGCCGCUCUGGAGUGUCGCAGGUUCAGCAACUGUGGGCUCUCUCCACACACCCUGACGACGCCCUCAUGCCACUGGGGUGCAUGUGGUGCCCCCGCCCCGCUCCACUACAGGACCUCCUGCCUGUGUCCCCGGCCCAAAGCCGGCGCAGGCAUCAACAUGGGAGUGGUGGAGGCCAUUGACCCGGCGCCGCCCCCCUGCCCUUCGCCCGUACCAGGUGGCUACAGGCUGCCCCGCUCCUCCAGCUACAGCCCGCUGCAGGGGAGGGCAGGGGCCGAGCUGGACCUUGGUGCGGCCGGAGGGGUCCUGGAUGGGGGUGGGAGCGGGACCCCAGCAGAGCGCAGGACGCCUUUUGUGGACCUGUUCUGUGAGACGUGCUCCAAGCCCUGGCUCAUUGGCUGGUGGGAUCAGUUCAAAAGGAUGCUGAACCGGGAGCUGUCCCAUUUAUCAGAGAUGAGUCGCUCAGGGAACCAGGUGUCAGAAUACAUCUCCACAACCUUUCUAGAUAAGCAGAACGAGGUAGACAUCCCAUCACCAACGCUGAGAGAAAGAGAAAAGCCCAUGUGUCACAUCAGUGGAGUGAAGAAGCUAACGCACAGCUCUAGCCUUUCUAUCUCGGCCAUGCCUCGCUUUGGUGUCAAGACUGAACACGAAGAUGCUUUAGCUCGGGAGUUGAAUGACUUAAACAAGUGGGGCCUUAAUAUCUUUCGGGUGGCAGAGUUUUCUAAUAACCGACCUCUCAGCUGCAUCAUGUUUGCCAUAUUCCAGGAAAGAGAUCUACUAAAGACCUUUAGGAUCCCUGUGGAUACAUUUGUCACCUACAUAAUGACACUAGAAGACCACUAUCAUGCCAACGUGGCCUAUCACAACAGCCUGCACGCAGCUGAUGUCACUCAAUCCACCCAUGUUCUACUGUCAACACCAGCUCUGGAUGCUGUUUUCACUGAUCUAGAGAUACUGGCUGCAUUAUUUGCUGCUGCCAUUCAUGACGUAGACCAUCCGGGAGUGUCCAACCAGUUUCUCAUCAACACAAACUCCGAGUUAGCCUUGAUGUACAAUGAUGAGUCUGUGCUGGAGAACCACCACUUGGCUGUGGGCUUUAAGCUGCUUCAUGAGGACAACUGUGACAUUUUCCAGAACCUCAGCAAGAGACAGAGACAGAGCCUAAGGAAACUGGUUAUAGAUAUGGUUUUGGCCACAGAUAUGUCCAAGCAUAUGAGUUUGCUGGCAGACCUCAAAACAAUGGUAGAGACCAAAAAAGUGACAAGUUCAGGUGUCCUGCUAUUGGACCACUACACAGACCGCAUACAGGUGUUGAGGAAUAUGGUGCACUGUGCGGACCUGAGUAAUCCCACCAAACCUUUGGCCGUGUAUCGUCAAUGGACAGAGCGCAUCAUGGAGGAGUUUUUCAGGCAGGGAGACAAGGAGCGUGAGCGAGGGAUGGAGAUCAGCCCCAUGUGUGACAAACACACAGCGUCUGUGGAAAAGAGCCAGGUGGGCUUCAUCGACUACAUUGUGCACCCACUGUGGGAGACCUGGGGAGACUUGGUGCACCCUGACGCUCAAGAAAUCCUGGACACACUGGAGGACAACAGAGACUGGUACCAGAGCACAAUACCACAGAGCCCCUCCCCUCCACCGCUAAAGGAUAAGGAGCUGAACGCAUGCAUGGAUAAGUUUCAGUUUGAGCUAACUUUGGACGACAGCUCGGAGCCAGAACAGACAGAAGACAAUGACAAAACUGAGAAUCAUGUGGCUCAAGACAGCAGUCAGGGAGAGGAGGAGGAUGGGAAAAAGGAGGAAGACAUGGAAGAGACUGAGGACAUUAUAGAGGAGGAAGAUGAAGUUGCGAUGGAGGAGGAGGAGGAGCAGGAGAAAGAGCAUCUGGAGGUGCGAGCCGACAAGGAGAGACUGUCUGACACAAGCCCUGUAGAAGAAGAGGAGGAUUCUUCUUCACAAGCAGAAGACACAUGAGAUUUGCUUCAAUAUCUCCCUCCUCAGUUGCACACUUUAUUUUGCUCAACCUUUUAAUGGCCAAAUCAAGAACAAAUAAAGACUGCAAUGACAAUACAGACCUUUGAAUCUAUUUUUCAAAAAGGGAAUAAAUAAGUCGCUUAAAGAGAAGUUACACAUCAACUGUAGAUUUGGAGUGGUCAUGAGUUUUUGGAUGGAUUUGACAACACACAACUCUGAGGAUUAUUUGAGAAAUUGAAGAGAACGUAGCACUCUGGAACAGAAAUGCACACAUAUUAAUUGGCACCAAGAGUAUGUCAAAUAUAAACACCAAUGCAAUGCAUUUGGGCAUGCAUUAAACAUGUGGUCUAUACACUGCAUGAACAUACACUUGACUGUCUGUUUGUGUGUGUGCAUUUGGUGAGGGACACUGAUCAGUGAUCUCUUUGGAAAAAGCCAUCUUUUACUGGAGUAUGUACUAGUGUUCAGUCAGUAUUAGUAGUUCAUGUCAGUAAGAUUAUCAACAAGACCAUUCUCCUCUAAAAAGCUACUUGUCUGAGUGACUUUUUCCCAUUUUUGUCAAAAAGAUUAAACUCAGCAGAGUUAUGGGAGACAGAGAGAGAAAGAAGAGGAGGAUGCUGCAAUGAAGGGGCCGCCCUGGUCCUGUUAACCCUGUUACCCUUUACACGGAGUGCUACUGGUGCAAGAUGGCUCUGUGCCUUUCUGAAACACCAGCUUCCUGAAUGAAGCUGUCGUGAAGCAAUGCAUUGUGGGACAGGAGCGUCUGAGUUUUGUUUUUGUUUUGGAUUGUCUCUUGUUAGCAAUUUCUUACUGUUCAUGGUAUUGUGCCGUGUAUCACACACCUGCAUUUUUGUGGUUUAAGCUGUAAAGUCUUCCUUUGUUGCUCUUCUGGUGAAAUAAUAACUCAGAACUCUAGCUGCAGAGCAAUCAUAGCCACCUCCGCAACCGCCAAUUAACUCUUUCCAGAUUACAUUUCUUUAUUUUUUAAAUAAUUUUUAUUUUAUUUUAUGAGAAUAAGCCAUGUGAUGCUUUGAAGCAUAAGUUUUGCCUAUAAUUUACUAUUUAGCACUUGCUAAAUAAUUUCAAAGGGUACAGAAUUCCACCAUCAGCUGAUGGAAACCUUCACUUCUACUGAGUGUUACUGUUCUCUCAUAAAUGACCAUUUUCACCAAAGUUCAGAAUGGGAAACUUCAGGUGGAGCCAUUGUAAGGAUGGUUUAUUUUGAAAAUCAGGAAGGAGAAUGUCAGGGAAAAAGAAGCACGAAAUGGCCAAAAAGAGUGUGGCAGUCCCUAAUCAUAUUUGUUUUGUUUGAUGCUUUUGCCUUAAAUGCUAGAUGCAGGAUACAUUCCUGUUAAUAUGUAGAUUUAAAUUUUAAUAGAUCCUAGUAUAUUUAUAUUGUGACGGUAUGCCUAUUAUGUGAAAAUCAAUGUGUUCAUUUGCAUUUGAGGAUGGAGGAGGAGAGGGACACUGCUGUCAUCUCAUUGUUGCACAAAGAAUGUCUUGUUUUGUAUUAAUGUUGAUAUGAUGAUUAUAUAGUUUGUUACUACCUGGAGGAAAUAAGAAUAGGAGUUAUUCAAAAGAAUUGAUUUAGAUGCCUUUUUAAUUCUAUUUUGCCAAUGGGGAGUGCAGUGUUGAUAGACAGGGAAGUUGGCUUAAGUGUCCAAGACAUUUUUCACAUGUGUUUAUGUGGUCUUCAGAUCUGAUUAGCUCUGGUUCGUUUCAGUGUUUGUUUUAACAGGGUACAAAUAAAACCAUCUUGUGUGUGGUUCUCUUGGAGGAGAGAGAAGUUUCUGCGGGUCAGUAACUUGCUCGGUGCAACAGGAGCCUGUGUGUUUGAGCAGCUCUGUCCCAGGACAGAGCAGCGCCUCAGGGCCUCCACAUGCGUCCCUCUGGCGGAGUGGACAUCCAGGAUCACCAAUACACCCGUUUUUAAAUAAUCGAUUCCCAUAUGCAUCAGCCAUUUGCUUUUGAUGUUGUUUUGUUUUUGUGGCUUCUUGUAUAAUCAAAGGCUACAAAAAUGUCAAGAUUUAAUUGCCAUACAAACACAAUACUGUAGCAAUUGUUUCUUAUUAAAAUGAUUCAAUUGAUUGAUUGCUGCCAUUGUUUUUAAGAUGAAAAGAAAACCAUGGGAAGAGUUUUCUUGUUUGUGUACAGUUUAUUUUUAUAUCAUUCUGGUGUCUGGAAACAAAUCACUUAUUGACGAUAAUAGCUAUAAGCAUUAUCACUGUUGUACAUAAUGUAAUAUUAGAUUGUAAAAUAGAAAUUUAUCAAGGUCACAUUGAUGAAUAACCACUUGAGGUGUUAAGUGAAUCACUGAAGCACUGCAGGCCGCAUCUUCACCUUAUUAUUAUUUGAUUCUAUGUUGCAAAUGUCCACAUUUAUGUUGAAAUCAAAUCUUUGUACUAGCACUUUAUUUCAUCAGGUUUCUAAACAGACUGUUUGUUUCAGGUGGUGUGCAGUCUGUCCUGGUGGUUCGCUCAUGGGCUGUCACUUGUUGAUUAUUAUCCAAUGGGCCAAAUCACACAUAUUUGUGAAGUAGUCAAUGAUUAGGCUAUCCUUUCUCAAUGCAUAACAAACUUUAUUUAAUUGCUUGUGUAGUCACUAUGGCUGUGACUCUUUCACAUAAAUGUGUCCUUAACCAUGUUAGUGCUAUCACCACCUCUGUUUCUUAGUAACUUUGAAAACUAACCUGGUGAUGUUACGCCCCCAGGUGGCCGAGCUGGCAGGUUACGUUGUGACAGACUUCUCUGGGCUUUAAUUCCUUUGUUUGUUCACAAGAAAGAUUAAAGGGGAAAACAAAAUGAAAUGAUUGUAAUAAGUGUACAUGAUCUUGUUGUAACGUGUAAAUGUGUCCAAGUUAUUUUUUAUUAUAUUAUUUUUAUGAAGGUUUAUCCUCUUAACAGAACUGAGGUGUCAUUUUGUGAAUAAAAUACAUUUAAUAAGCAAACACCUAUAUAUAAAACAAUAAGAUAGUAUAUCAGUAUAUAUUUUUUUUCUUUUAUUUCACUGUUCGGUACUGUAAAGUGUGUUAAAAUACAAAUAAAGUAAGAUUUUUUUAUAAUAA